AUGCAGUCAUGGGCAACCAUUGCCGCCGCCGUGGCGCUGCUGGCAAACGGGGCCGUCGCGCAAAACAUGUUGCGCUUCGCCUGCUCGCAGCUGGUCGUCGACCGCGUCGACCCUCUCGUCAACCCGGGCGUCCGCUACACGCCCCAUCUCCACCAGAUCGUUGGCGGUAACUCAUUCAACCUGACUAUGGACCCGGACUCGCACGAUCUAGCCGGCCAGUCGACCUGCACGUCGUGCAGCUUCGCGCAGGAUCUGUCCAACUACUGGACGGCCGUCAUGUUCUUCAAGGCCAAGAACGGCAGCUAUCACCGCGUGCCUCAGGUUGGUAACGGCGGUCCGCAGGGCAAGCUUGUCAACAAUGGUGGUCUUGAUAUAUAUUAUAUCCCGAGCGGGAAGGUCACCGCUUUCAGGCCGGGCUUCCGCAUGCUCGCCGGCAACGCCGCCAACACCGACCCCAAGAAGGUUUCUUCCGGCAACAUCUGCCACCGUUGCUGGACCUCGACAAACGAGGGUAACUUUGUCGGCGGCGCCCCUUGCACCGGUUCCGACACCGUCGAUAUUCCUCAAGAUACCAAGUGCAAGAUGAUUCGCCAGACAAUCAUUUUCCCAACCUGCUGGGAUGGCAAGAACCUCGACUCUCCCGACCACAAGUCGCAUGUCGCCUAUGGCGGCGGUUCCGGUGCCAAUGGUGGAGGCUCCUGCCCUUCCACGCACCCCGUCAAGCUACCGCAGAUCAUGUACGAGCUCAUGUGGAAUGUGACGAGCUUUGCCGACAAAAGCAUGUGGCCUGAAUCGGGUCCUGCAUUUGUGUAUAGCAUGAACCUUGGUGGCCCCGCCGCCCACGGUGACUACGUCUUCGGCUGGAAGGGCGAUUCUCUUCAGAAGGCCAUGGACAAGGGCUGCAACCUUAAUAAGGACUGCCCGUCUGCUGGUUUGACUGCGCAAACUCCGGCGCAGUAUAAUGCUUGCACUAUCAAGCAGCAGGCUCCUGAGCCUGUUGAUGGCUGGCUCAAGGCGAUGCCAAUGGGUGAAAUGGCCAUUAAGGCCUAG